AAUCAGAUGCUACUGUGAUGCUGCACACUGUGUUGCAACUGGCUAUAUGUGCAAAUCUGAGCUUAGUGCCUGCUUCUCCAGACUGCUGGAUCCUCAGAACACACAUUCCCCACUUUCUCAUGGCUGCUUGGACUCUAUUGCAAGCACAGCUGAUGUCUGCCAAUCCAAACAAGCACAAAACCACUCUGGCACCACCACCACGUCCAUAUUGGAAUGCUGCCAUGAAGAUAUGUGCAAUUACAGAGGACUGCAUGAUGUUUUGUCUCCUUCCAGGGGUGAUACUUCAGGACAAGGGAGUCGAUAUCAACAUGACAGCAGCAAGAGUCUCAUCACCAAGGUGCAGGAAUUGACCUCUUCAAAGGAGUUGUGGUUCAGGGCAGCUGUAAUUGCUGUUCCUAUAGCUGGUGGGCUAAUCUUGGUGCUCCUUAUCAUGCUGGCCUUGCGGAUGCUCAGGAGUGAAAAUAAGAGACUGCAGGAUCAACGACAGCAAAUGCUCUCCCGUUUGCACUAUAGUUUUCAUGGACAUCAUUCGAAAAAAGGGCAGGUGGCAAAAUUGGACUUGGAAUGCAUGGUGCCUGUGACUGGUCACGAGAACUGCUGCAUGACCUGUGAUAAAAUGAGACAUUCAGACCUCAGCAAUGAUAAAAUUCUUUCGCUGGUCCACUGGGGAAUGUACAGUGGACAUGGGAAGCUGGAAUUUGUAUGACCAAUUAUUUUUAAAUCUGAGCUAAACUUACUCUCUGAACUCUUGAAGGCCUCUGAGUUCUGCUGGACAGGAGCACUUUAUCUUAAAACAAACUCUUGUAAAUCAUCUUCGAGAAGCAAAGGACCUCUGCAAACAGAAUCUUGGAUAUUUCUUCUGAAGGAUUCCAAAAGUUGUCUUAUUUGCACAGAGUAAAAUACACUCAAAUGUAUUGUUUGCUUUAAAGUUAUGAAAGCAAAAAUUAGAAGUUGUAAACACUGUCACCAGGGUUAUCUGAACUGUAUGGAGCUGAGAACUGAGUUAUUAUAAUAAACUGUGUGCAAGCUCCUAUGUUUCCUGACUUAUUGUAAAGAUUUUUUUAAAUAUAUAUAUAUUUUGUCUGAAA